ACGCGUUUACUUCAUCUCUGAUGAAGAAUUGUAUCAGUAUAAAACCUCCUAUUCUUUUUGUCAGUACAAAGCAAAACCCUCUAUUUUGUUGUUUUGUUAUCUUCCUCCCCAUUGUACUGAUCUUGUUUGCUCAUCGUGUUCUUGAUCUUCCUACAGAAUGUCUCUUAUAAGAUCGCGAAAACCGAAAGACCACAUCACCAUGCUACGCCAACAAGAGCCUCCACCGCCGUCCAAAAGCUACAUUCGAAGGUGGCGAGUAGCAGUUACGGUCAUAAGCGUUACCAGAUUUCUUGUUGGCUUGACUAAGAAAGUUGUUGAAAAGAAUGCUGAACUCUUGCGAUCCCUUUCAUUUGUUAGCAUCGAAGUUGAAGGAAGUGGCGAUGAACUUAUCCCGAUUCUCGAUGUUGAUCCUAAAGGUCUUGCCAAGAUGGUGAAAGAGAAGAGCCUGCAAAGUUUGAGUGAUCAGUAUGGAGGAGUUAACCAGGUAGCUACCCUCCUUCAAAGUGAUUUGAAAUAUGGAAUCCCAGGUGAUGAUGUUGACCUUGAGCUUCGAACUAAAGUUUUUGGUGCAAAUAAGUACCUGAAACAACCUCCGAAAAGUUUCCUUAGCUUUGUUCUGGAAGCAUUCAAAGAUACCAUCAUUAUCAUACUUUUGGUCUGUGCUGUCCUCUCUUUAGGCUUUGGAAUCAAACGGCAUGGCCUGAACGAUGGUUGGUAUGAUGGUGGGAGCAUCAUUGUAGCUGUCGUUUUGGUUAUUGUUGUCUCUGCUGUGAGUAAUUAUAGGCAAAGUAAACAAUUUGAAGAGCUUUCUCAUGAAAGCAGCGACAUACGUGUGCAAGUAGUGAGAAACGGGAGAUACCAUCCUGUAUCUAUCUUUGACCUUGUGGUGGGCGAUAUCGUGUCUUUGAAGAUUGGUGAUCAGAUUCCAGCUGAUGGUUUGUUUGUUCAGGGUCAUUCCUUGAAGGUCGACGAGUCCAGCAUGACUGGAGAAAGUGACCAUGUAGAAGUUGGCGAAAAGAGGAAUCCCUUUUUGCUUUCUGGUACAAAGGUCACAGAUGGCUAUGGUUACAUGCUAGUCACUUCUGUUGGCAUGAACACAGUAUGGGGUGAGAUGAUGAGUUCUAUAAGGCGUGACUUGAAAGAGGAGACUCCAUUACAAGCCCGCCUCAGCAAGCUGGCUUCUAAUAUUGGGAAUAUUGGAUUGUCUGUGGCAGUACUUGUUCUUUUGGUUUUGCUUAUCCGUUACUUUACAGGACACACCAAAGACGAGAAUGGAAAAAGGGAAUACAAUGGGAGCAAGACCAAGUUUGAUGAUGUGAUGGAUUCAGUUGUUGGCAUUAUUGCAGCAGCAGUCACGAUUGUAGUUGUGGCGAUUCCAGAAGGUUUGCCUCUAGCUGUCAUUCUAACUCUGGCUUAUUCAAUGAAGCGGAUGAUGAGGGAUCAUGCCAUGGUUCGGAAACUCUCUGCUUGUGAAACCAUGGGCUCGGCCACCGUAAUAUGUACUGAUAAAACUGGCACCCUUACACUAAACGAGAUGACGGUAACAGAAUUUUGGCUUGGAAAAGAACUGAUUGAAAAUUCUCUGAGCUCAGAGAUAGCAGCUAACGUUCUCCAAUUAUUAAGUGAAGGCGUUGGUUUAAACACUACUGGCACUGUUUUCAAACCUGAUUCCACAUCAGUUCCUGAAAUUCAUGGUAGUCCAACCGAGAAAGCAAUACUUUCCUGGGCAGUGAUUGAUUUGGGCUUGAAUAUUGACGAACUGAAACAAAGUUGUGAAAUAAUACAUGUUGAGGCCUUCAAUUCCGAGAAAAAGAGAAGCGGGGUUCUGAUAAGGAGAAGCAAUGAAAGAGUGCUGGCAACACACUGGAAGGGAGCACCUGAAAUGAUACUGGCCAUAUGUUCAUAUUAUUAUGACAAAACUGGAAUAUCAAAGGCCAUGAAUGAUGAAGAAAGAAUAGAGAUUGGAACUAUUAUUGAGACUAUGGCAGAUAAAAGACUGAGAUGUAUUGCCUUUGCACAUGCAAAUGUAACAGAUGGAAAUGAACAGAUUCAUACAAAGCUUGAAGAAACAGGACUGACCUGGUUGGGCCUUGUUGGCCUGAAGGAUCCAUGUCGGCCAGGUGUCAAAGAAGCAGUAGAAUCUUGCAAAAAAGCGGGAGUAAGCAUCAAAAUGAUCACUGGAGACAACAUGCAUACAGCAAGGGCCAUAGCUUUUGAAUGUGGAAUUCUCGAUUCUGAUGACAAUUUGCACAAUGAAGCUGUAAUAGAAGGUGAAAAAUUUAGAAAUUACUCAGAUGAAGAAAGAAAGGGAAAGAUUGAAAUUAUCCGAGUAAUGGCUCGAUCAUCACCUUUUGACAAACUUCUAAUGGUACAGAGCCUGAAGAUGUAUGGGCAUGUAGUAGCAGUCACUGGAGAUGGUACAAACGAUGCUCCUGCUUUAAAAGAAGCAGAUAUUGGGCUUUCCAUGGGUAUUCAAGGAACUGAAGUGGCAAAGGAGAGCUCAGAUAUUGUCAUUUUGGACGAUAAUUUCACCUCUGUGGCAACAGUUUUGAGGUGGGGUCGAUGUGUCUACAACAACAUCCAAAAGUUUAUUCAAUUUCAGCUCACAGUGAAUGUUGCUGCCUUGGUCAUCAACUUUAUUGCUGCUGUAUCUUCUGGAGAAGUCCCACUAACUGCAGUCCAGUUGUUGUGGGUGAACCUUAUAAUGGACACCUUGGCGGCACUAGCCUUGGCCACUGAGCAACCUACCAAUGAUCUCAUGGACAAGCCACCUGUGGGUAGAACCGAGCCACUUAUAACCAAAGUUAUGUGGAGGAACCUCAUUGCUCAAGCCCUCUAUCAGGUAGCUAUCUUACUGAUCUUGCAAUUUAAAGGUAAAUCCAUUUUCAGUGUCACUGAGAAGGUUAAAGAUACCUUGAUAUUCAAUACAUUUGUUCUCUGUCAAAUCUUUAAUGAGUUUAAUGCAAGAAAUCUGGAUAAGAAGAACAUAUUCAAGGGGAUACAUAAGAACAGGUUGUUUUUGGGAAUUAUCGGAGUUACCCUGGUCCUACAAGCAGUAAUGGUGGAGUUUCUCAGUAGGUUUGCCAAUACUGAGAGGCUGAAUUGGGAGCAAUGGGGGGCUUGCAUUGGCAUUGCUGCUCUAUCCUGGCCAAUUGGUUGGUGUGUUAAGUGUAUUCCUGUACCUGUUGACAAGCAGCUACAAAAGCAAAUGGCUUCGGCAUCAUGAAGUACAUAGAAUUAUUAGAUUUUUUUUUUUUGGUUGCCCUCUGGUUUGUUAAAUUGACAAAUAAUAUUUUGCUUUGUCGGUAGUCAUAGAUUUCGUUUUAGAACAAUUUGUUUUACAAAACAUUCCUUGACAGUGCCGUAUAUAUCUAGCUCCUAGUUAUCACAUCAUUUGGUUAUA